AUGUUUGACCUGGAUUCAAAUAAUGGAUUACAGAAGGAAGAAAGUGCUGAUUCGGAGCUGAAAAGUACUAUACAGGGUGAUCGUAUUAUGUUUCACCAUUUACCUGCGUACAAAUUUGAUCAAAAAUUAAAGGAAGAUGUAUCAAAUAAUAUAUAUAAUACAUAUUAUAAGGGAAUAUAUGAUUUGCAAAAUCAAUAUGAAUGGAUUACUGAUAUAUUCAACAAACUCAGUAGAAAUAUACGGUUGGUGCAGGAGAGUUAUAUUGAGGGAGACGAUUUCAAUAAGAAGCGGUGCUAUGAUUUAAACUUCUGGUUAUAUGAUCAAGUAUAUAAAAAUUUGCAAUCGUCAAAGCAGAAUAGUGAGCAUAUGGGUAAUAUUAUUGAUAAAGUUCAAGAUGUAUGGAAAAAUAUUGUUGAUAGGGAAUUUUAUAAUGAAGAAUACAAAUGCCAUCCGGAUAAAGAAUUACUGUUUAACAUUGGUUAUCUGCAAGAAAUCAAGGAUUUAUUUGAUUUCUUU